UUCCAGUACACAGAUUCUGGAUAGGGGAAUGUCUGUGCUUUCUGCUUCUCUUCGUGUCUGUUCUUCAUAUUACAGAAUCGGACCAAGAAUGUGCAGAUGAUGUUUCAGAAUGGCUACUACAAUCUGGCCAUCAUAGAGGAACCUGAGAUUCAAGUGCUCAAACUCCCCUACGGUAAAAAAGGAGAAGGAGAACUGAGUAUGUUCAUUUUUUUACCAAAAGUUAUCAAGGAUAACUCCACUGGCCUGGAACAGCUUGACAGCGCACUCACCUAUAAAAAAUUUGUAGAGUGGACCACAAUGACGGAGAUGCAUAAACAAAACGUGAAUGUGUACCUGCCCCGAUUCAAGAUUCAGGAAAGCUAUGACCUUGGGAAAACUCUGCAGGCUAUGGGGAUGCUCGAUUUGUUUGACACUUCAAAGGCUGAUUUAUCAGGAAUUAACAGAAACCGUGAUCUGGCUGUGUCCAAAGCCAUCCAUAAAUCUUACGUGGAUGUUAAUGAAGAGGGCACUGAAGCAGCUGCUGCUACAGGGGUUGAAAUAAUUUAUACAAGUCCUGGGAUGCCUUAUGAGUUUAAGGCUGACCACCCCUUCCUCUACCUUAUCAAAAACAAUGUAACCAACAGCGUUCUCUUUUAUGGCCAAUGUACCUCUCCUUAACUGGAGGGCACUUUGAAACAAUAUAGGAAGACCUACAACCUUGUUGCAGUGAGGAUAAAAGAUAAUAUUUCUCAAGUUUUUUGAAAUUUUGCAAAUUUGAAAUGAGAGAUUUUUGAAUGCAAUGGCUUCGAAGAAAAGUCUCCUAAUACAGGGGCCGCAACCAUACGGCUCCAGUCUGGUGUGGACCGAGUGCCUUUAGCAGCACAUUGGCAGUGGGGAGUUUUUCCUGAGCCCAAGCCAGGGUCAGGCAUCUAGGAGCUGUGCCUGUGCCACUGCCACUGCUUCUCUCAGCCCCCUACCCUCUGGCUGGGGGGGAGAGUGCAGCUUCCCACUGGCUGAAAGCUUUGCCUAUGCUACAACUGAGGGACGGUGGUGGCGAUAAGUGGCAGAGGCCCGGGUGCAGCUAGAAACUGCCCAGCUCUUGCACAACCCCUUGCUGCCUGACCUUGACAUGGGGGCAGGUGCAGGCACAGGCAGAGCUCUCCACCGCCAGUGGUUCUGCAGACUGAAUCUGAAUAUGUUGCUGGCCCCUCUUCUAUGAUGUUAUUGUCUUUUGCCUUUAUAUUACUUAGAACUUAUUGUCUUUAUAUUGGUUAUUAUAAUGUAACCAAAGCAGCUAUCUCCUAAAUUUGAAAUCAUUUUGACUCCA